CGCCUUUCCUGCGGAGCUCUCCCAUCCCCUCACAUUCUUUCGUUUCCCUAGCUCGCCCCUCCGAACUUCCUGACCGAACAUCCUGACGUACCGUGCAAGCUCUCGUGCAUCCCGUCCCAACAAAUUUGCUUCAUAAGGCUUCAACAAAGCAAAACUUUCCUGUAUUCGUUCGAAAUUGGCUUGUGACUUUAUUGACCUGUGAUUGAUAUUGCUGUCCCAAAUCGAAAUCUCCAAAUCUCGAGGACAAAGAUGAAUCUGAUCCAUGGAGGAGCUGUCCGAGAGAUCUUGUCCGCUGACAAGGAUGACUGGAAAUCUACAUCAAAGGAUUUUUCCUUUCCAGACAUAGAAUCCGAGCAACCGUCAGGCAACAUUGCUCCGGCGGAUCCAAAGCGCUUUCAUGAAAUCUUUGGAACCAAUGUUGAUCUAAUCUUUCCUCGUGGCCAUGAAUUCAUCAGUCUGGAGAAAGGGAGAAAUGUAUCCAACGCUACCAGUCGUGUAAGCAGCAGGUGCACCAAGAUUGCCGAGGAGGUUCUGGAUGCAGCAGAUCAAGACGGCAGGCUUUGUGAGGUGUUGACAGCCUUGCGCAAGAGAAGAACCUCGCACGCUCACUUCGUUGCCGAUGUUAUCGGGGAGCUGGAUUUGAAACUGAAUACGGACUAGAAUUUCUCACAGCUCAUGUACAUGUUCCCAAUCCUUUUCUGUAAGAUAGGCUGUAUUCCUUUGAUCUUUGAAUGAAAAUAACCAAUUCC